AUGGCUGAGAAUAAUAUUCCCCAGGCAUUUUCUAACCACCUAAGUCGAAUGCUCCCAAAACUAUUUCCAGACUCAAAGAUAGCACAAAAGUAUUCCACUGCAGCUACAAAGACCACAUGUGUGAUUAAUGGAGCAAUAGCACCACAUUUCUUAAGGGAGACGGUGAAUAUCAUUAAGUGUAGUCCAUUCUCCUUAUUAACUGACGGCUCAAACGAUAGUGGCUUGGAAAAAAUGAAUCCUUUGACUGUAAAGAUUUGUGAUGUGAACUCUGGUAGAGUGGAGAGUCGGUUUUUGGACAUGUAUGCAACCAAGGGAACUGACUCAGCGACGGCAGCAUCAAUUUUCUAG